GCGGCCCACGAGGCGGGGCGGCGGGUGGAGUCGGCCGCCACCGGCCCGGCGUCAGAGCGACAGCCCGCGAGGUGUAACCUCGCCCGCAUCUGGGAGAAGCCGGGUCCGGGCAGCCCUCCCACUGCGGCCCGCGGAGCCCCGCUCCCCGGCGCGCGGCCGCGGAAGGCCUCCUGGGAGGGCGGCGGCGCGAUGCGGUGCGGCGGCCGGCCUUAGGCAGGCUCCGCGGGCAGCCGGGAGAAACCCCGCGUCCGGGGCGGAGGCCGAGGUCCCGCGGGCUUCCUUUGGGAGCCCGCGGGAACGUGGGGGCGUGUUUUGGAGAAUCGUUGGUGAGCGGGGACAUGUGGUCUAGGAGGGCUGGGGAAGAACAAAAUCUGCUACCUCGGGAUCCACCGAAGAGACACCCUGUGGCGCGGAAAGCUUCGGGAGAGAGCGCUCUUGCGGCUGUGUCCCUGAUCCCAGCAGCGUCCAGGACCGAGCUGCUGAGGCUUCGCGGGGCCGCAGCCUCUGUCCCGGGGAGACACGGCCAGGAGCAGUGAGGAGGGCCAGCUUCCAAAUGAUGCUUGGAAAGUUUCCCCACUUCGGCAGAAGAUGCAUGCAGCUCACAAAGAGGGACGUCAAGGCAGCGUCUACGCUUGUAUGUGCAUAUGGAACUGGGAGACAGCCGCAUCCAAGAGCAUUGAUCAUACUUAUUCCCACAUUGAUGCCAAAUCUUUGUUUUUGGAUCUUUUGCAGUUUGAAAUAUAUUUUCGCACGUUCUGGAAUUCUGACUGUGUGUUGGGUGCUUCUGGAUUCCUCUUCUGCCUUUUGCUCCUCUCGAAGAAUAUAGAGGCAUGCACUCAAACCUACUCAAAUGGCUGCCUCCUAGGGUGGCUGUACUUAAUCUAAGAGAGAAGUCAGUUUUUCAGAGUUAAAGUCACCUGAGCCUCUAGGAGCCCACAGCCUCUGGUGCCACAGGGACACACCAAAGUUCCAAGGGCAGGAGAUUGUGCUCAGAGGAGAUGACACACCUGUGAAGCCUUUCAGUAGAGGUUCUGGCGGUUUUUCUCACCAGAAGUGGACAAGUUCUGUCGGGUGGGCAGCAUCAUGCUACAGCAGCUCCUGAUCACCCUGCCCACAGAGGCCAGCACCUGGGUGAAGCUGCGCCAUCCAAAGAAGGCCAAGGAGGUGGCACCCUUGUGGGAGGACGUGACUAAGAUGUUUGAAGGAGAAGCGCUGCUGUCUCAGGAUGCCGAUGAGACCCAGGAAGAAAGUUUGAAGGAUGAAGUCACAUCUGGGUCCCGAGCAACAGAAUCCCAGGAACUGUUGACCUUCAAGGACAUAUCCGUGGACUUCACCCAGGAGGAAUGGGGACAACUGCCCCUUGCUCACCGGAAUCUGUACCGGGAGGUGAUGCUGGAGAACUAUGGGAACUUGGUCUCAGUGGCAGGAUAUCAACUUUCCAAACCUAGUGUGAUAUCCCAGUUGGAGAAAGGACAAGAACCAUGGAUGACAGAGAAAGAAGGCCCAGAAGAUCCCAGUUCUGCUGAGACUAAGACAGACUCGAGGACUAAAACAGAAACCGAUGCAUCAACUGCAAAGAACAGCAUUUUACAGGAACAGUUUUAUCAUGGCAUUAUGAUGGAAGGGUUCCUGAGAGAUGAUGGCAUUUAUUCCAAACUGAGAAAAGUCUCUAAAUAUGCUGGUGACUUAGAAAGCCACCAGGAAACCCAUGGGAGAGAUGGAAGACAAGCCAUCCUGACCCACAAGAAUAGUGGCCAAGAAACUAACAAAUUUGGGGAAAAUAUUGUCAGUUCAAACGUUAUUAUAGAGCAGAGGCACCGUAAAUGUGAUACACCUAGAAAGAGGAACAAAUACAAGUUAGACCUGAUCAGUCAUCCGAGUUACAUAAGAACAAAAACCUAUGAAUGUAAUAUAUGUGAAAAAAACUUCAAACAACCCAUUCAUCUCACUGAACACAUGAGAAUUCAUACUGGUGAAAAGCCUUUCAGGUGUAAGGAGUGUGGAAGGGCCUUCAGUCAAAGUGCAUCCCUGACUACGCACCAGAGGAUCCAUACUGGUGAGAAACCCUUUGAAUGUGAAGAAUGUGGCAAAGCUUUCCGACAUCGCUCAUCUCUUAAUCAGCAUCACAGAACUCACACUGGAGAGAAACCCUACGUGUGCGAUAAAUGUCAGAAAGCUUUCAGCCAGAACAUCAGCUUGAUCCAGCAUCUGAGAACUCAUUCUGGAGAGAAACCCUUUACGUGCAAUGAAUGUGGGAAAACCUUCCGGCAGGUCAGGCACCUUAGUGAACACAUAAGAAUUCACACUGGGGAGAAGCCCUACGCAUGCACCGCGUGUUGUAAAACCUUUAGUCAUAGAGCGUAUCUCACACAUCACCAGAGAAUCCAUACUGGGGAGAGACCCUACAAAUGCAAGGAAUGUGGGAAAGCCUUUAGGCAGAGGAUACACCUUAGCAACCAUAAAACUGUUCAUACAGGAGUGAAAGCAUAUGAAUGCAGCCGCUGUGGGAAAGCCUACCGGCAUGAUUCCUCCUUUAAGAAACAUCAGAGACACCACACUGGAGAAAAACCUUAUGAGUGUAAUGAGUGUGGAAAAGCCUUCAGCUAUAACUCAUCACUUAGCCGACACCAUGAGAUACACAGGAGGAAUGCCUUUCGAAAUAACGUGUGAAAAUAGAUUACUCAACAUGAGAACAAAAGCCAGCUCUAAAUCAAUGAUUCUGUGUUUUUAAAUUCCAGGAUUCUGAAUUUGAGUAAUUGGUAUCAUGAUGCCAGCUUUUAAUUUUGCCCAUUAUGUAAAUAAACAGUACACCAAUAACUACUAUCUACUAACCCCUCCAUACAAAGUACUUAAUCAAGAAUAAAGGAUGUCCUUCAAAUUAAAUUCA